AAGGCUCCCGAGGCCGCUCGGUUCAGGAAGCCGAAGGGUGACGAGCGCACUCGGGAGGAGCGUGGCGGCUCGCAGGGGAAGGCAGCGUGUUACCGCGCCCCCUAGUGGUCGCGCACCGGGGGCGGCGCCCGACCCCGGAGAACGACGGCGGCGGCGGUGGAGGGGAUCGGUUCCCGUUGUGCGGGGAAGGGCUGGCAGGUGCUGGUGGCCGGUGCGCAGGAAUGGAGGGGAAAAAACUGAUUUCUGCAACAGACACACAGUACUCUAGUGUGCUCCUUCAGUCUUUGAAUGAACAACGUGACCAUGGACUUUUUUGUGAUGUUACUGUUAUUGUGGAGGACCAGAAAUUUCGAGCUCACAGGAACAUCCUUUCGGCCUCAAGCACUUAUUUUCACCAGCUUUUCUCAGUGGCUGGGCAAGUGGUUGAACUGAGCUUUGUAAGAGCAGAAAUUUUUGCAGAAAUUCUUAACUACAUUUAUAGUUCCAAAAUAAUUAGCAUUCGAUCUGAUUUACUUGAUGAACUGAUUAAAUCAGGGCAACAGCUAGGUGUUAAAUUCAUAGCUGAUCUGGGCAUACCUCUGUCUGAUGGAAAAAACACGCCAAGUGAGGUCAAAGAUGGUGCCUCAGAAACUUCAGCUUCUGGUCCAGGUCAAAGGGAUGCUGAAACACAAGUACCUGUAAUAAGGCCAGAGAGUCAUGAGGCAACAGAUGGGAUGCCAGUUAUAACACAGUCAUUCUCCUUACAUGGCAUAGAAUAUGAGACUACAAAAAUUACAGUGAGUGAUUCAGAUGAUGAGGAUGAUGAUGUUAUUUUUUGCUCUGAGAUUGUUCCUCCGAAAGAAUGUACUAAAGAUAAAAUUGCUGCAACCCAGAACCAGCCUUGCCCAAGUUCAGCUGGAGUUUCUGACCAAAAAUCAUGUGGCAGUGGUGGCUCUCCCCAUUUGACAAGCACCACAGCAGCUCAGAAACUCUCUUUGCCUACUAGUCAGCUAAGCCCAAACCAAACACAGCCCAGUGCCGAAUCACAUGUCCCUGCAACACCACACCAUUUGACUCCUAGUAUCAUUGUGCUAAAUAAGCCUUUGCUUAACUCAUCGCUCAGUGCCAGCUCCUCGCACCAAGCAAAUGUGACACCUACAAUUAAUUUACUCGAGGAGAACCAGCAGCCAUCUAAUAAUGGCUCUUUAGCUGAAGUGGAAACAACAACGGUUGAUGAUGAUGAUGUUGUUGAAGACGAUGUCGAUAUCAUUAGCUCCUCUAGUCCCGGUUCAGUCAGCAGUAGCUCUUUGGGUCAGCAGCCAUCUGUACCCAAUGCAGCAGCAACUGAAGGAUCAGGUGUACAGAAAAAACAGGUUGCUCCGUUGUCAGAAGAAGCACUUUCUAAAGCUGGAGAAUUUAAAAUAAAAAUCUCAGAUGUCCUUGCUGGAAACAAGAAGGAAUUGAGUUCAGGUGUAGCAUCGAAGCAGGCGGCAGAAGGGCAAAAAAUCAUAACGUUAGAUACGGCAACUGAAAUAGGAGGCUUAUCCACAGGCUGCAAGGUCUAUGCAAAUAUCGGCGAGGAUACGUAUGACGUAGUCAUUCCUGUAAAGGGCGGCUCCGAGGAGGGUGAAGCCAAGGCUGUUGAAACGCCUAAAGCAUCUGGUGGUGGCGAGUCACCAAACAGGAAACGCAUGAAAGUAAAGCACGAUGACCAUUAUGAGCUGAUAGUGGAUGGAAGAGUCUACUACAUCUGCAUCGUGUGUAAAAGGUCGUACGCGUGCCUGACGAGUUUACGGAGACACUUUAACAUGCACUCCUGGGAGAAGAAGUAUCCCUGCCGGUACUGUGACAAAGUUUUCGCUCUUGCAGAGUACCGUACCAAGCAUGAAAUUCACCACACCGGUGAGCGAAGGUACCAGUGCUUGACCUGUGGCAAAAGCUUCAUUAACUACCAAAUUACAGCCUCCCACAUAAGAUCAGUUCAUAGCCAAGAACCUUCUGGAGACACCAAGCUUUACCGGCUGCACCCGUGCAAGUCUCUGCAGAUCAGACAGUACACGUACAUCAGCGAUCGCUCCAGCGGCAUACAAGGAAUGAACAACGGCAGCAUCGUUUAUCGUGUUGGCACAGGGAAGGAUGGCACUGCAGGAACAACGUCUAACUCUUCAGACAUUAGCUGGGAUGACAUUUUUGUUCCACAUGCAAAUGAAGCAAUGUUUAAACAAAAUCCUUCAGAGGGGAGUUCUGAGUUUGAGUUUGUAAUACCAGAAUCCUACUGAAAUGCA